AUGGCCAACGCUCACAUCAUAGAAGGAGUUGGAAAGACUACUUUGAUCCAGAAAGUCACUCAAGCUCUAAAAUCCUCCGGCAUUCCCAUUGAUGGAUUUUACACAGAGGAAGUUAGAGAAGGUGGCAGGAGAACAGGAUUUGAUGUUGUCACUUUGUCUGGAAAACGAGGACCUUUAUCUAGAGUCAGUUCUGAUUCUUCUACUUCAAGACGUGAAUACCGGGUUGGACAAUAUGUCGUAGACCUUGUUUCGUUUGAGCAGUUGGUUCUACCUAUGCUGAGAAAUGUAAACCAUGGCAGUAAUGCAGAGAAAAAAAUCUGUGUCAUAGAUGAGAUCGGUAAAAUGGAACUCUUCAGCCAGGCUUUUAUUCAAGCUGUUCGUCAAACGCUGGCUGGCUCAGGAACCAUGGUACUUGGAACUAUUCCUAUACCCAAGGGAAAGCCACUGGAUCUUGUUGAAGAAAUAAGAAGUAGGAAAGAUGUUAAAGUGUUCACUGUUAGUAAGGAAAACAGAAACAGCAUCUUGCAAGACAUCUUGGCAGCUGUGGAAUCCUGCAGAAAAUGAAGACCUUUUCUUGCCUGUAAACACCAAAGCUUUUGUUUUUACAAAACAUGACAACAUUUUGCGAUGUUUUAGAGUUUGUCCUUCCUGCUUUAGGCCCUGGAGGCUUUACUGGAGCCUUCAGCGUAAGCAAGGUAAAGCUGGUGAUACUCUAAAAUGUGAAAAUGAGAUAGCAGGAUUCUUGUUUAUUCAGUUCACAAGCUGAUCUAUUAAAAAAAAAUUGCACAGAUGUGUAGUUAACAUCCAGUUCUAAUCUGGUAUUUGAAAGUUAGGUGGUCUGACUCUGA